AUGGUGUACGUGCUGCCUGAGGAAGAGCUUGAUCCUGAAGAGAGGGACAACUUCCUCCAACAGCUUUACAAGUUUAUGGAAGACAGAGGUACUCCUAUCAAUAAACCACCUGUUCUGGGCUACAAGGACCUUAAUCUCUUCAAACUUUUUAGACUGGUAUAUCAGCAGGGUGGGUGUGACAAUAUUGAGAGUGGUGCUGUAUGGAAGCAAAUUUAUAUGGACCUUGGCAUUCCUAUUUUGAACUCGGCUGCUUCCUACAAUGUAAAAACUGCUUAUAGAAAGUAUCUGUAUGGUUUUGAAGAGUAUUGCCGUUCUGCAAACAUUCAGUUUAGGACCAUCCAUCACAAUGAACCAAAAGUGGUAGAAGACAUACAGAAACACGUGGAACCAAUGGAGGAAAGUGUAAAAGAGGAACAAAAAAUGCCCCCAACAGAAGUUAAAAAAGAAGCAGAAGAAAAUUAUUCCAGCAGUGAAAGUGAGAAAGAAGAAAUAGAGCUAAGAUCCCCAAGGGGACGAAGACGACUUGCCCGUGAUGCAACCCCUGGUAAAAAAGAUAGUGAAGAGGAUAAAACACAAGACAAAUUAAAAGACAGUAACAAAGAAAACAAGGAUAUAGAGGAAACACCUGAGAAUGCAGAAAAGAAAGAAAAUGAAAUUCCACUAGGGAGAAAAAGUACACCAAAGCAAAAAGAGAAAAAAAUUAAAAAACAGGAGGAUUCUGAUAAAGAGUCAGAUGAAGAGGAAGAGAGGCAGAGGUAAACGGAGGAAAUUGAGAACAAAGGCGAAUCAGAAGGUGAAGAGGAUGAGGAGGACGCAGAACCCUGCCUGACUGGAACCAAAGUGAAAGUAAAAUACGGUCGUGGGAAGACUCAAAAAAUUUAUGAAGCCAGUAUUAAAAGCACAGAAAUUGAUGAUGGAGAAGUUUUAUAUUUAGUUCAUUACUACGGUUGGAAUGUAAGGUAUGAUGAAUGGGUGAAAGCCGAUCGGAUUAUCUGGCCUGUGGACAAAGGAGGACCAAAGAGAAAACAGAAGAAAAAAACAAAAAAUAAAGAAGAGAGUGAAAAGGAUGAGAAGAAGGAUGAGGAGAAACAAAAAUCAAAGCGUGGGCGACCCCCUCUGAAAUCUACUCUUCCAUCAAACACGUCUUGCGGUUUAUCCAAAACACCUAAUAGUGAAGGUAAAUCAGGAGCCAGAAGUGCACGGAACAACUUGUCAGAUUCCUCACCAUUACCAAAUGGAACAGAAGCAACACCUCGCAGGCAGACGAGACGUAGCUCAGGAAUGUUUGAUUCUGAUAGAGGAUCAAACGACUCUGGCUCAUCUGACAGUGAAGCAGAUGAGUCAUCUGAAAAGAAUUUGAAUGAAGAAUUUUCUCCAGAAACUUCAGAACUGGAAAAAAGCGAAAAACUACAUGAUGAGAAGCUGGAUGAAGAAAACCCAAAGAUUCCUCAUGCAUUGAAAGAAAAUGACAGGACUCAAGUACAGCCACUAGAAACACUGAAACUGGAAGUUGAAGAAAGUGAACAAAUUGUUCAGAUUUUUGGAAAUAAAACGGAACAAAUAGAAGAAAUCAAAAGAGAGGCUGAAAAAUCGCCUAAAGGAAAAGGGAGAAGGAGCAAGACAAAAGAUCCCUCAUUAGAGAAUGCAAAGAUUUUACCAGGAAGCCAAGACGAGGUGGUAAAUGAAUCUCUUACGGAACCUGAGAGAUUAGACACGUCUUCCUUGGACUGUAAAGAAAUUUCCAGCACUACUGAAAGUGAAACAGAACCUUCUACAAAAGAUAAGAAACUUCUGAAGAGGAAAACUUUGGAACAGGCAUCGCCUGAGAAGAGAAAUCGACGAGAGAGUGAGAUGGAAGUGCCAAAUAUUUUAUCUGAAGAGAGGACCAAUGAAUGUAUUGGAGCAGAAGAAUGUAGAGGGCUGAAUGCUGAAGAGUCCCUCAGAACUGAAAAUGAGGAAAUGCCAUCCCUGGUGGCAGAAUCCGUUCAGCACAGUCAGGAGCUGAGGAAUGAGAACUUCGAACGUCCCUCUGAAGAAAAUGAGAACGUUCCCUUAAAAGACGAGGACGAUGCAAUGCCUCAGAUUGGUCCUGAAACUUUGCUCUGCCAUGAAGUAGACUUGGAUGACUUGGAUGAAAAGGAGAAGAGCAGUAGUGAAGACACGAUAUCAGAAAAGCCGGACCCUAAUCCUUCCAAUUCCAAUCCAUCUGCCUUACCCCCUGCCGUCCAGUCGAGCUUUUCAGUGGCCUCACCUCUUGCGCUCAGUCAGGACGAGUCGCGCAGCAUCAAGAGCGAAAGCGAUAUGACUAUCGAAGUCGACAGCGUGGCAGAAGAGUCGCAGGAAGGUCUCUGCGAAAGCGAGUCUGCCAAUGGAUUUGAAGCCAGUACUACAUCGAGCAAUUGUAGUAUAGCCGUGCAGGAGAGAGAGCUCGGAGAGAAAGGUCAGAAAAGACCCAGUGACAGCAAUAGUGGAACACUGGCAAAAAAACAAAAGCGUACUCCAAAGCGAACAAGUGCUGCAGCCAAAAAUGAAAAGAAUGGAACAGGACAAAGUAGUGACAGUGAAGACCUUCCUGUCCUGGACAGUUCAAGUAAAUGUACUCCUGUAAAACACAUAAAUGCAUCCAAACCACAGAAGAUUUCUCGGUCACCUGCCAGAGUGAUUUCGCCUCACAUCAAAGAUGGAGAGAAGGAUAAACACAGAGAGAAGCACCAUCACCAGAAUGCUUCGCCUAGAGUAUACAAGUGGAGUUUUCAGCUCAAUGAACUAGACAAUAUGAGCAGCACUGAAAGGAUCUCCUUCUUACAAGAAAAACUACAGGAAAUACGAAAAUACUACAUGUCGUUGAAGUCAGAAGUAGCAACCAUAGACAGGAGAAGAAAACGAUUAAAAAAGAAAGACAGAGAAGUGUCACACACAGGAGCAUCCAUGUCAUCUGCUUCAUCGGACACUGGAAUGAGUCCCUCAUCAUCUUCUCCUCCACAGAACGUGCUUGCUGUAGAAUGCAGGUGAUACACGCUUCUCUGCCUUGCCAGCAACUUGCUGCCAUGGACAUAAACCCUGAAAUUCAACCACAGAAAGCACUCAACUGGUUUGACAUUGCCAAGUCUUUUCUGUACACACUUCCACUGCUGGACUGUACCUGUUCUCCCCUCCUCCCCCUUCUUUUGUUUAAUUUACUGUUCAGAGAAAUUAAGCUCAUUGGUAACUGAAGGUUUGUAGGCACAACGUGACAUGCUUGUCAUUGUGUUUGUUUUUGUUUUGUUUUUAUUAACGCAGAGAAAGGGCACUUAUCAAAUUUGCAAAGUUAUGUUCAAUGAAGCAUUCAGGUGUUCUAGGGAGAUCGUAGAAAAGCAAGUGCACCGAGCAGACAUCAGAGUAUUCUCAGAAAGAACUGCUGCACUUUCACCGGGCUGUACGUUAACUUGGUGAGUAGUUCCUCUUUGUGGAAGCACUUGCUAUACAGAACUGCCAAAGUAUGUGUUCAGCAAUGUGCCCAGUUUUAAAGGUGUAAAUGGGACAAAAUAAAUUGUGAAAGGAAGUGUAGUUGACUGAAAACUACAGUUGUAAUAAGUCUUCCACUUUUUAUAGGAUUUUUGAGCACACGAUUAUGCAAAUAUUUUAAUGUUUAUUAAUGUUUACAGUGGAAUUGUGAAUAGGUUUUCAGUGGACUAUCUUAUCCCUUGACAAAAAUAUUUUGUCUUUUUUCUAUGUAAUUUCAGAGUUUUUAUUUUGUUACAAAAAGACGAAAAAUGAAAUAUAUAACAACAGUGAAGUUAUUUAACAAGAUUUCUAAAGCUGAAAUUUUUGUGUAAAAUAAGGUAUCUUGCAACUUGUUAAAUAUAUUUAUUCAGACAUUGGAUGUUGUAUUUUUAUGUAUUUUUUAAAAUAUUAAUAAAAUUGGAAAAA